GUCAACUGUGGCAAUAAACGAGCUGUCAUAUACAGUAAUCAUCAAUCCCCGAACUCCAAACAAAUUUUGCUUGAAGUCAAAAUGGUUCCACCUGUAAAGCUGGGCCAUUUGUGCCGGCUAUGUUUGAAAAACUCUGAAUCAGUUGAAGACAUAUUUGCAAAUGACGGAAGUUCUUUGGUUUUACGAAUUAUGGCUUGCGUUUCACUGGAGGUGCACAAAACUGACAAUUUACCAAAGAAAAUUUGUUCCCCAUGUCGAUACCAACUGGAAAAAACGUACAUCUUCCGAAGCCGAUGCCGAGAGAACGACACCCGAUUACGGCGCCACGUAAAACUGCUGGCCGCGGGAAAAAUAAGUACCAUGCUCGAUGACUUGGAGGAUGACGAUGAAGAUGAAUUUAGCUCUAGUUUGCAGUUUAUCAAAUUAGUCGAUAAAGCGGAGGAAGCACAGCGGCAGAAGGAACUGGAUAUGAAAAUCUGUGUAUACGACGAAGAGCGACGAGCACACUGGGAAGAACACAGGAAGCAAUUUUCACAGGAAGCUAUACGAAACUAUCUGCUGGAAAAACGUAAUGAUAUGGUGGAUACUGAAGUGGAAACUUGUAAUUUAAGCACUACAAAUGAAAUUUCUGCUGUUCAAUAUGAAAACAACUCUAUGCAGAUUCAAUCAACUAUCGUCAUUGAAGAUCAAAAAAGUUGUGCACUUUCUGAAUCGACAGAAGUUGAAACAAUCGAAGUCAGUGAUAUGCAACAUGAGUUUGCUGAAAUCGAAUAUGCGACGAUUGAAGAGGACCUUUCUUCACAGCAUGACGAAUCCGUCAUCAGAGAUGACGAUGUAAAGCAGACAUUUGGAAGGACCAUGCAGAUGAAAUUAGAUACGCAAGAGCACGAAACUGUGUUUAAUUCAGACCAAGAAGUGUUGAUGGAAGUUGAUGCAAUCGAAGAGGUGGAAGAUGCGGCCGGCUCCGUCACUACUCCGAACGAGGAUAAGCAGUCAACUAUUCUUAUUGACGAUUCCGAAGAUUUGCCGGAAGGUUCUGAACGUUUUGUUAUCACUGAAGAAGUGUCUGAUUCGGAAACAUAUGUUUUGGACGAAGAACUAGACGAAGAGCAACGCAAACUGUACGACAUAACUGAUGACUCUGACGAAGACCUUGAGGUGGUUACCAACGCAGUUAAAGCGGAACUUGCAGAACAGCCGGGAUUCAAUGUAGGGGAAAAUUGUAUCAUGAAAGUAGAGAAAGAUAACGAUUUAACCAAAGUGGAAGUUCGUGCCAAAGACGGAUCAAUCAUCUGCAUGGAAUUCAGUACAGAGCCGAUGAAAAAGUUGGAGUCUUUGAGAUCCUUUAAGGAUAAAUUUAUAAAGGAGUUCAAAUGUGCUCUUUGCGUUACAGUUUGCAAGAGUGCCAAAUUGUUGCAGAAUCAUGUUCAUCAGGAGCAUCCAAAGCAAGGACACAUUUGUGAUGUUUGUGGAAAGUGGUGUUCGACAAAAAGUGGAUUGGAACGACAUUACAGGAUUCAUACUGGAGAAAAGCCCUUUGUAUGUGGAGAAUGCGGAAGAGCUUUUAUUCAAAAGGAAGUCCUUAAACGGCACAUGUUGAUUCACACCAAUGAAAGGCCUUUCUCUUGUGAGCUUUGUCCAAACCGGUACAACCAGAAAGAUCAAUUGAAGUACCACGUGAACAUGGUACAUUCGGUAACUCCUAUAGUCACAUUCCACCAGUGCUCUAUGUGCACCAAAAAGUUUAAACACCCCUCUGGACUUAGCAGACAUAUGUCUUCGCAUUACGGUCGCACGUUUGAUUGUGAAUGUGGCAAAAGUUUUACUGAUAGGAGCUCAAUGGGUCGGCACCAGCGGGACAUGCAUGGCGAGGGAAAGAAAGCAAAAAAAGCAUUUCGAAGGAACCAGUAGCUCCGAGAUUCUUCACAAUUGGAAGUGUUUCAAUUAGAUAAUAAUCAAAUAUCUACGUUUUAAGUAGUGUAUGUCAUAAGUUAUAAUUUUUUCUUUAGAUUCCAUCUGAUUCGUUUUUAAUAAUAAAUAAUUAGAUAUAUGUCAAGCCAA